AUGCGAGCGUGGGUCCUAUUCUCCGCGGUGCUCUGGUACCUCGCAGGAGUUGGAUGGCAGCGUUCUUCCUUAUUCUAUGAGAAAGGCUUCGUGUAUGGCCUGCGAGGACACCCAGUGAAAAUAUAUGUAAAAUUACAUCAAGAUACUCCAGUCCUUAUCUGUAUGGAUGUUAAACAUGCUAAGAAAGAAAUAGUGGACCCCAGCUACAUAUGGAUUGGGCCUAAUGAAAAUACAUUAACAGGAAAUCAUCGAAUAAAUAUAACUAAAACAGGAGAGCUGAUAGUGAAAGAUUUUGUGGAGCCUUUGUCUGGACUUUACACAUGUACUUUUUCUUAUAAAACUGUCAAAGCAGAAACCCAAGAAGAAAAGACAGUGAAAAAGAGAUAUGACUUUCUGAUCUUUGCCUAUCGGGAACCUGAUUAUUCUUAUCAGAUGGCUGUACGUUUUACCACAAAGUCUUGUGUAGGAAGAUACAAUGACCUUCUCUUUAGAGUACUGAGGAAAAUCUUGGAUAAUCUCAUGUCUGAUUUGUCAUGCCAUGUAAUAGAACCAUCAUAUAAAUGCCAUUCUGUUGAAAUUCCAGAACGUGGCCUCAUACAUGAGCUAUUUAUAGCGUUUCAAGUUAAUCCUUUUGCACCAGGGUGGAGAGGUACAUGCAAUCAAUCUGUUGACUGUGAAGAUACCACUAAUUAUAAUGUCCUCCAGGCAAGAAAUAGAAUAGAAGAAUUUUUUCGGAGCCAAGCAGAUAUUUUCUCCCACAGCUUGAAUAAAACUCUACCAGCUAUGCAUUUUGUAAACCACAGUUUUCAAGUAGAACGUCUGGAUAGCUGUCGACCAGGCUUUGGAAAAAAUGAAGGUCUACACAGUAAUUGCGCUAGCUGUUGCGUGGUUUGUAGUCCUGGGACUUUUAGUCCUGAUGUUGCUGUUAUUUGUCAGAGCUGCAUUUCCAUCCAUGUGUACGGAGCUAAAUCUUGCCCAUAA